GAGCACCGGCCAGAUCAGGGGGAGCAGCGGGGGCCCGGGCAGGCAGAGACUCAGCCAGAGGCGCCCGGGGCCUGGGGAGCGAGCGAGCGAGAGACCCGGGGCCCACCAACGCAGCGACUCAGCGGGGCCUGGGGAACUAGGGACUCAAGGAGCUCCAGGAAAGCAACGAGCCAGAGCCAAGCAGCCGGGUAGGGAGGGGCUCCAUCCCCGGCGCUGGGCGGCCUUGGCCCUGGAGCGGGGAGUUGGGGGCCGAGUCCUUGUAGGGCGCGCCAGGGGCCGCAGGGAGCAAGUGAGCCUGGCCAGGGGGUAGCAGCAGCCCGCGCUGAGCGUGUGUCAUACAACCGGCCCAGCGCACGCGUCUCUUGGAGGCGGUGGGGGAAGAAGGUUGACACCAAUAAACGCUCAGUAGGGGAGAGGGCGCGCGUGUGUGUGAUUUCUCCUAAUUUUUUUUUUGGUGUGGUUGGAAACUUCACACUCCCGCCCGAAUUUUUUUUAAAGGCAGAGGCUGUAAAACUAUUUAGUAAUCUAUGCCAGCAAUUAUGACAAUGUUAGCAGACCAUGCAGCUCGUCAGCUGCUGGAUUUCAACCAGAAAUUGGAUAUCAAUCUCUUGGACAAUGUGGUGAAUUGCCUGUACCAUGGAGAAGGAGCCCAGCAAAGGAUGGCACAGGAAGUCUUGACUCACUUAAAAGAACAUCCUGAUGCAUGGACCAGAGUUGAUACUAUUUUGGAGUUCUCUCAGAAUAUGAACACCAAAUAUUAUGGACUGCAAAUUUUGGAAAAUGUGAUAAAAACGAGAUGGAAAAUUCUUCCAAGGAACCAGUGUGAAGGAAUAAAAAAGUAUGUUGUCGGCUUAAUUAUCAAGACCUCAUCUGAUCCAACAUGUGUAGAAAAAGAAAAAGUGUAUAUUGGAAAACUGAAUAUGAUUCUUGUUCAGAUACUGAAACAGGAAUGGCCCAAACACUGGCCAACAUUCAUAAGUGAUAUCGUAGGGGCAAGCCGGACAAGUGAGAGUCUUUGCCAGAACAAUAUGGUGAUACUUAAACUGUUAAGUGAAGAAGUUUUUGACUUCUCCAGUGGACAGAUAACUCAAGUGAAAGCGAAGCAUUUGAAAGACAGUAUGUGCAAUGAAUUCUCUCAGAUAUUUCAACUGUGUCAGUUUGUGAUGGAAAAUUCCCAAAACGCUCCUCUUGUUCAUGCAACUUUGGAAACUUUGCUAAGAUUCCUUAACUGGAUUCCACUGGGAUACAUUUUUGAGACCAAGUUAAUCAGCACAUUAAUAUACAAGUUUUUAAAUGUUCCCAUGUUUCGAAACGUCUCUUUGAAGUGCCUCACAGAGAUUGCAGGUGUCAGUGUAAGCCAGUAUGAGGAACAGUUUGUAACCCUCUUUACGCUGACCAUGAUGCAGUUGAAACAGAUGCUUCCUUUAAACACCAAUAUCCGACUUGCAUAUUCCAAUGGAAAAGAUGAUGAACAGAACUUCAUUCAGAAUCUCAGCUUGUUUCUCUGCACAUUUCUCAAGGAACAUGGCCAGCUUAUAGAAAAGAGAUUAAAUCUGAGGGAAACCUUAAUGGAGGCUCUUCACUAUAUGUUGCUGGUGUCAGAAGUCGAAGAAACUGAAAUUUUUAAGAUUUGUCUUGAAUACUGGAAUCAUUUGGCUGCUGAACUGUAUAGAGAGAGUCCAUUUUCGACAUCUGCUUCUCCAUUGCUUUCGGGAAGUCAACAUUUUGAUGUUCCUCCCAGGAGACAGCUUUAUCUGCCUGUUCUGUCAAAGGUCCGGUUGUUAAUGGUUAGCCGUAUGGCUAAACCAGAAGAAGUGCUGGUUGUGGAAAAUGAUCAGGGGGAAGUUGUACGAGAAUUCAUGAAGGAUACAGAUUCCAUAAACUUGUACAAGAAUAUGAGGGAGACGCUGGUUUAUCUUACACAUCUGGAUUAUGCAGAUACUGAACGAAUAAUGACAGAAAAACUUCACAAUCAAGUGAAUGGAACAGAAUGGUCAUGGAAGAAUUUGAAUACUCUUUGUUGGGCUAUUGGGUCAAUCAGUGGAGCAAUGCAUGAAGAGGAUGAAAAACGAUUUCUUGUUACAGUAAUUAAGGAUCUUCUGGGACUCUGUGAACAAAAGCGAGGGAAAGAUAACAAAGCUAUUAUUGCAUCAAAUAUCAUGUAUAUAGUAGGUCAAUAUCCACGGUUUUUGAGAGCUCACUGGAAAUUUUUGAAGACAGUAGUCAACAAGCUAUUUGAAUUCAUGCAUGAAACCCAUGAUGGUGUCCAGGAUAUGGCUUGUGAUACUUUCAUAAAAAUAGCACAGAAAUGCCGCCGACACUUUGUUCAGGUUCAAGUGGGAGAAGUCAUGCCAUUCAUUGAUGAGAUCCUGAACAACAUUAAUACAAUCAUUUGUGAUCUUCAGCCACAGCAGGUGCAUACAUUCUAUGAAGCUGUUGGAUACAUGAUUGGGGCACAGACUGACCAAACUGUACAGGAGCAUCUGAUAGAAAAAUACAUGUUGCUCCCUAAUCAAGUGUGGGACAGCAUAAUUCAGCAGGCAACAAAAAAUGUUGAUAUUCUAAAGGAUCCUGAAACAGUUAAACAGCUGGGUAGCAUUCUGAAAACAAAUGUAAGAGCAUGUAAAGCAGUCGGACACCCCUUUGUGAUACAGCUUGGAAGAAUUUAUUUAGAUAUGCUGAAUGUGUACAAGUGCCUAAGUGAAAAUAUUUCUGCAGCUAUUCAGGCUAAUGGUGAAAUGGUUACGAAACAACCUCUGAUUAGAAGUAUGAGGACAGUAAAAAGGGAAACUCUAAAACUAAUUUCUGGUUGGGUGAGCAGGUCCAACGAUCCUCAGAUGGUAGCUGAAAACUUUGUUCCUCCUUUGUUGGAUGCAGUUCUCAUUGAUUACCAGAGAAAUGUUCCAGCUGCUAGAGAACCUGAAGUACUCAGUACAAUGGCUAUCAUUGUAAAUAAAUUGGGGGGACACAUUACUGCUGAAAUACCUCAGAUAUUUGAUGCUGUUUUUGAAUGCACGUUAAAUAUGAUCAAUAAGGACUUUGAAGAGUAUCCUGAACAUAGAACAAACUUUUUCUUGCUACUCCAAGCAGUAAAUUCUCAUUGCUUUCCAGCAUUCCUGGCCAUUCCACCUGCACAGUUCAAACUUGUUUUGGAUUCUAUUAUUUGGGCUUUCAAACACACAAUGAGAAAUGUUGCAGAUACAGGUCUUCAGAUACUUUAUACUCUAUUACAAAACGUUGCACAAGAAGAGGCUGCUGCUCAGAGUUUUUAUCAGACUUAUUUCUGUGACAUUCUUCAGCAUAUUUUUUCUGUUGUAACAGACACUUCACAUACUGCUGGUUUGACAAUGCAUGCAUCGAUUCUUGCAUACAUGUUCAAUUUAGUAGAAGAAGGAAAAAUAAGUACACCUUUAAACCCUGGAAAUCCAUUGAACAACCAAAUGUUUAUUCAGGAGUAUGUUGCUAAUCUUCUUAAAUCUGCAUUUCCUCAUCUGCAAGAUGCACAGGUUAAGCUAUUUGUAACAGGACUCUUCAGUUUAAAUCAGGAUAUUCCUGCUUUCAAGGAACACCUUAGGGAUUUCCUGGUCCAAAUUAAGGAAUUUGCAGGUGAAGACACAUCCGAUUUAUUCCUGGAAGAAAGAGAAACAGCCCUUCGACAGGCUCAGGAGGAGAAACAUAAGCUUCAGAUGUCUGUACCUGGCAUCCUUAAUCCACAUGAAAUUCCUGAGGAAAUGUGUGAUUAAAAUGCAUAAAACCAGUUAUGCAGUUUUCUUUCUGUACAGCUGCUUUGUUGUGGUAGAAGAAAACAGCACUUGGAUAUUGACCAAAAUGAUGCCAAUUUGUAAAUUAAAAUGUCACCUAGUGGCCCUUUUUCUUAUGUGUUUUUUGUAUAAGAAAUUUUCUGUGAAAUAUCCUUCCAUUGUUUAA